GGGGGCGCGUUCCUCCGCCUCCCGGCGUGCCCCGCGGCGGCUCCGGUUGGGCGGCCCCGCGCGGGCCAUGGCGCCGCCGCAGCGCCGCGCGCUCUGCCUCUUCGACGUGGACGGGACCCUCACGGCCCCGCGGCAGAAAAUCACAGCAGAGAUGGCCUCAUUUCUGCAGAAGUUGCGUCAGAAGGUGAAAGUUGGAGUCGUGGGCGGUUCAGAUUUUGAAAAGAUCAAGGAGCAGCUCGGUGGUGACGUGGUUGAAAAAUUUGACUACGUUUUUCCAGAAAAUGGUCUUGUAGCAUACAAAGAUGGGAAAUUCUUGAGCAAGCAGAACAUUCAGGGUCACCUGGGUGAGGACAUACUUCAAGAUGUAAUCAACUACUGCCUGAGUUACAUUGCGAAGAUUAAACUGCCAAAGAAAAGGGGCACUUUUAUUGAGUUCCGAAAUGGGAUGUUAAAUGUGUCCCCCAUUGGAAGAAGCUGCAGCCAGGAAGAACGAGUUGAGUUCUAUGAACUUGAUAAAAAGGAACAUAUAAGAGAGAAAUUCGUAGCUGAUUUACGAAGAGAAUUUGCAGGAAAAGGCCUCACAUUUUCUAUAGGAGGCCAGAUAAGCUUCGAUGUGUUCCCAGAUGGCUGGGAUAAGAGGUACUGCCUGGGAGUCAUUGCCGAUGAUGGAUACGAGACUAUUUAUUUCUUUGGAGAUAAGACUAUGCCAGGAGGGAAUGACUAUGAAAUUUUCACAGACUCCAGAACAGAAGGCCACAGCGUCACAUCCCCAGAGGAUACAAGAAGAAUCUGUGAAGAGCUAUUUUUUAAAUAAAAGACUUUUAGAUUUCACACUUACAAAACGGUUAAAACAGCUUUAUAUCUCAAAACAUCAUCCUCCCUUUUGUAUUGUUUUUUGUAAUUGGUCAUGAAUAGCAAGUGCUUGGCAGGUCAGUCAUUACUGAAUGGAAAGGUUUUAACUGAGGAGAACCUGGCUGACUGGUGGAAUACAGCAGAGGUCAUUUAGCAUCAUCCUUUUGCUCUUUCCAUUUGCACAAGUACUUUGUUUUCAGUUGGUUUUGUUUUGUUUGGUUUUUUUGUUGUUUUUAAGGUCAUCAGUAACAUUCCUUAGAUAAUUAGUUAUGUUUUAGGGGAGUGGGGAGGGAGUAUAAUAUGCCUAUAGUUGAUGUAUGGUCUCAGAAUUGGUCUGCACUCUUCAUCCCUGGUUUUUAUUUUGAAGCUGAUAUUCAGAAGAUGAAUGUUUUAAGAGUUGGAUUUUUUCCAAAAUAUUACCUUGUGCUAUAAAGACAUGAACUAUAAAGUUGGGAUUUUGUUUAAAAUUGGAAGAUGAGUAAAAGAGACAGGUUUAUUUCUUUCUGGGGGUGGGAAGACAGCACUGAGGCAGAAGUCCCUGACCUCAGCCCGGUGCCAGUGCCCGGUCAGAGGGUGCAUCGCCUCUGCCACCGCGGGAAGGGCUGGACCAGGUGGUGCUAGUUACCUCCUCGCUACAGCUAAGGUGCCAUGCACAGUACAGUUUGUGGUAGGUACACUUUUUGCAGACUUCUUAAAUCUAAAAAAAUAAACAACUUGAGCACAUAAGUGACAUUGUGCUAAUUACAUUUCUGAUUUUCCUGAUAAGACAUUAAGGGUAGAUGAGCUUUUAAGCACUAAGAAAAAAUGACCUAAACUAUGUUUCUAUUAAAAUUCAAGUUGAAGCAUGACAAUCAGUGCAACUGUUAAUAUUACUUUUCUCAUCUGGCAUUAGGAAAGUAAUCUUGUGUAUGAACAGUUUAAUUUAGCGAAGGAGAUUAAUAUCUCAUUCUAUUUCAGUUUGUCAUGUUGGCAAAUAAAAUAUGUAAAGCAGA